AUGUCGAGACGUGCGCCCAACCCCGCCGCCGAGCGGGCGGCGCAGAACCAAGCGACGAUCAAGAACCUGCUGAAGCUCGAGGCUAACAAGAUCUGCUCCGACUGCAAGAAGAACAAGCACCCACGAUGGGCGAGCUGGAAUCUCGGCGUCUUUAUCUGCAUCCGCUGCUCCGGCAUCCACCGGGGCAUGGGCACGCACAUUUCCCGCGUCAAGUCGGUCGACCUCGAUUCGUGGACAGACGAGCAGCUGCAGAGCGUGCUCCGCUGGGGCAACGCGCGCGCCAACAAGUACUGGGAGGCCAAGCUGGCGGCAGGCCACGCGCCGUCCGAGGCCAAGAUUGAGAAUUUCAUCCGCACAAAGUACGAGCUCAAGCGCUGGGUCAUGGACGGGCCGAUGCCCGACCCGGCCUCGCUAGACGCUGACGGCGACGACGAUGUUCCGCUCAGCAUCGUCAAGGAGAAGCAGGUGAUGGAAAAGAAGGAGACGGCGCGCAAGGCGUCGGUCGGCGACUUGAUUGGGGGCGCGGGUGCCGCUCCUGCGCCUCGCGCGGCGGUGGCUGCCAAGGCCGCUCCGGCUCCGCCCAAGACGACAACGACGACGACGAGGGACUCUCUGCUAGGGCUCGAUUUCCUCGGGGAGAGCUCGGCGCCACCGCGUCCGUCGAGCACGCCGGCGACGCAGACGCAGUCGCGGCCGGAUCUGAAGCAGUCUAUUCUCUCGCUAUACGCUACGGCGCCUAAACCGCAGCCGCAGCCGCAACAGCAGCCGCAACAGCAGCAGAGCAGCCAGCAGGGAGGUUGGGGCUCGCCGCAAAUGGGCCAGCAGCAGCCGUCGCAGGGCGGCUUCUCGGACGCCUUUGGUGGCCUGAGCCUCUCCAGCCCGACGAGCCCGAAGCCGCCGGCUGCCGACCCCUUUGCCGGCCUGGGUAGCGGCAUGGGUAACCGCCCUUCGCAGCACGCCUCCAACAAUAGCAGCAGCAAUUUUGGCGGUCUGAGUGGCGGCAGCUUCUUCGACAGCAAGCCCGCGCCGCAGCCCGCCACUAACCACGGCUUCGGCAACACCAACAACAAUAACCAAUUCGCAGCUUCCUUCAGCGGCGGCUUCGGUGAUUUUGCCAGCCCCGUGGCUACCGCUCCCGCCCCUUCGAAGCCCGCAGCAGCCUCGUCCUCGUCCAUGGGCGACCUAUUUGACCUAUCGGCCCCCGUGUCGCAGUCAUCGCCGCCUCCCGUCUCUCCUCCUGCUCACCAGCCCCCGCCCACAAACUCCGUCUUCAACCUCUCGACCCCGCAGAACAAGCCUGCUUCUACCUCUGCCACAGUUCCCAACCAAAACACUGGUGGUUUUAGUUCCGCGGGGCUCUCUGGCCUCGAUGCCUGGGGCGGCAACGAGUGGGCUACACCCGCGGCGUCGAGCCCACCAGCCGCCGCCGCCGCCGCCGCCGCCGCUCCUCAACCCGCCGUCAGCAAGCCCGCCGUCAGCAACGACAUGGGCUGGGGCAGCUCGGGCAGCGCCUUUGCCAACACGCCGAUUGUGCCCGGUGCCGGCGGCGGCUUCAGCGUCGCGCCCAAGGUGGCGGCCGACGAGGAGUUUGGCGGGUGGGCGAGCAGCACCGGCCAGGGCGGCCAGACGACUACGACUACUUCGGCCGCGCCCAAGCCUGGCGGUGGCUUUGGCGGCGACGACGAUCUCUUUUCCAACGUUUGGCAGUAG